GAGAAUCCAAUAAUUUGUGAUAUUGUUGAAGACUCACAUCAUCCAUGGCCUCUGCUGCUUCCAUUCCCUCAUCAUCACAACCAGAAUCAUCAAUGGUUCGUUCAUCUAAUAUUUUUAGCAUCAAAGAAUUAGCAGAAUCAAAAGGAGAUUCUUCUCUCAUCCCUUCCACCUACCACUCCAUCUCACAACUCCACGAGGAUGAUGAUGAUGAUGUUGCAGAAUACCUUGCAUCUUCCAUCCCAGUCAUUGAUUUUUCUCACCUCACUUCGCACCACCCUCAGACUCACUCCAAAGCGGUGCACCUACUCGGCAAGGCCUGUGCCGAGUGGGGUGUCUUCAUGCUCACAAAUCAUGGAAUUCCGGAGAACCUGGUGGAGAAGUUGAUGGAAAAAUCUCGCGAGUUUCAUGAUUUGCCGAUAGAGGAAAAAAAGGAGUUUGGGGACGACAAGAGCCCUCUUGAACCCAUUAGACUGGGCACAAGCUUUUGUCCUCAAGUAGAGAAGGUUCAUUAUUGGAGAGAUUAUCUCAAGGCCAACACGUUUCCUCAAUUCAACUUCCCCCACAAACCACCGGGUUACAGGGAGGUUGCUUAUGAGUAUAGCCAGAAAAUCAGAGAAUUGGCUAGGAAGUUGCUAGAAGGAAUAUCAGAGAGUUUGGGAUUAGCAUCUAAUUCCAUUAUUGAGUCAACUGAGUUUGACUCUGGCCAUCAACUCUUCGCUGUUAACAUGUAUCCACCAUGUCCACAACCACACCUUGCUCUAGGGUUGCCUCCACAUUCCGACAUUGGCUUAUUGACCUUGCUCACGCAGAAUGGAAUUGGAGGGCUUCAGGUUAAGCACCAUGGGAAAUGGGUCAACGUUAAUCCCCUUUCUAACUCCAUAACUGUCAUACUUGCAGAUCAACUCGAGGUUUUGAGUAACGGGAGGUACGAGAGCGUGUUGCACCGAGCAAUCCUGAACAACGAGGAAACUAGGAUUAGUGUUGUGUUGGCGAAUGGACCUGCUCUAGAUAAGGAAAUUGGGCCUCUUGCGGAGCUAUUGGAGAAGGAAAAGCCAUUGUUCAAAAGCAUGAAAUACCAGGAUUACUUCCAAUUUCAUCAGAGGACACGGCUAGAUGAUAAAAAUACAUUGUACGAGAUUCGACUAAAUUAAUGCUCCACAAUCAUACCAUGAACUAAAGUAAACCAGUUUAAGGAUAUGGGUAUGGUUGAUGUUAAUGUUGUGUUCUGAGUGAUGAUAAACCGAUUGUGUUUCUGGAUUUGGUGUUUUCGUAUAAAUGAGAUACGGUUACAUUUCAUGCUGGUGUCACCAGCUAGGUUCUUUGGAACUUGGAAGGGUUUAAGGUACUGUAGAAGGUAAAUAUUUCAGACUUGAUUUGUUUUUUGCUGUCAUAUUUUUCUAUUAUGUUGUUUUUGUCAUCUUAGUUUCCCAGUCAUGUGUAUGAUUUGUUGGUUGGACAUUGUUUCUGAGCUAUAUUGUUGUUGCACUUUCAU